GCGGCUCUGCAGAGGCCUUUGCCGUCGCGGAAGUAGUGCCCGCUGUCCUGCAGAGGGGGCCGGGUUCGGCCUUUCGCUCCCAGCUCCCGAAAAGCAGAUCGCAGCAAGGAACCUGUCUGCGCCUUGGGAUUUGACUGUUCAGUGGGUUUUCCUGACCUUUAAAAUGUUAAAGCUUGUCGCUGCGGGAGGGAGAGGUAUCGAAGCAUGCACAAGUAUUUAAUUUAUCCGGGAUUUAUUUUACAUUCCUAUUGUAAAGUUUGGUAAAUCACAUUGUCUCUUUCAGUUAACCAUGUCUUUACAUUCAUCUUCAAUUCUAAAUGAAGAAAACUCUCAAGGACCAAAAAGAAGUCUAGAACAGCAAACUCCAUCAUCAUUUCAAGAUAACCCGCUUCAAAAAUUACAGUUAGCAUCACAGGAAGUACUUGAAAAGGCAAAAAAAAGUGGGAGAUCAAAAUGCCCACGAUGCAGUAGCUCAAGGAUGUUUUAUUGUUACACAUGCUUUGUUCCUGUUGAAACUGUCCCUACUACAGAAAUCCCAACAGUGAAGUUACCUUUGAAGGUUGACAUUAUUAAGCACCCAAAUGAAACUGAUGGCAAGAGCACUGCUGUGCACGCUAAGCUCCUGGCACCUGAUGAUGUUACAAUUUACAAGUACCCUUGCAUUCCCGAAUACAAAGAAAAAAGACAUGAAGUGGCACUUAUCUUUCCCAGCCCCGAUUCAGUUUCAGUAAAAGACAUCGCUUUCCAUCUCCAAAAAUAUUCCAGGAAAGGUGUUGGUGACACUGAUGAUGACUGUUCCAGAGAGCCGUUUCUUAAGAAAGCAAAAGUAGAACCUACAGAAGAAAAAGAUUUAAAUGAAUGCAUCUCAAGCAACAAGAAUGAAAGCAUUAAACUGAAGAAAAUAGUAUUUAUUGACAGUACCUGGAAUCAAACUAACAAAAUAAUAACUGAUGAAAGACUUCAAGGGUUACUACAAAUUGAGUUGAAAACAAGGAAAACUUGCUUUUGGCGUCAUCAGAAAGGAAAGCCAGAUACAUACCUUUCCACAAUAGAAGCAAUUUAUUAUUUCUUCGUGGAUUAUCACCAGGAGAUUUUGAAAGAGAACUACAAAGGACAAUAUGAUAAUCUGCUUUUUUUCUUUUCAUUUAUGUACACGUUGAUUAAAAAUGCCAAGUGUGGCACAGGAAAAGAAUAAACUGUCUGUCUAUAGGUAACAACUUUUUGUUUCUUUUGUAAUGAUGAUCUAUCAUAAUAAUUUAAUUUUACCUGACUGAAAUCUGGAAACAGAUGGUACUCUUAGUCAUGGCUAAGGGUUUUUCUCUAAAAGGAACCUUAUGUGUGCCUGCAGACACAUAAGGCUGCAGAACUACUCAGAUGAGCAGUCUGAAUUAAAUUAUUUGAAUAGAAUUAACAGUUUACUGAAUACUGUACUGUAGUGUUUGAACCUGAUCUGGUAAUCACGAUGAAUUUCUUCAGGUGGGGAUCGGAGAAAUUGGCCUUUGUCCCAUAUGGAUCUAACUCUAAAAAAGGAUUUUGCAUGCUAGCUUCUUUUAUUUAUGUUUUGGAAGUUUCAUAUGUCAGAUUGAUUUCAAUUACAUGACUUCAAAAACGUCCUGAAGUUAUUAGGACAGUAUUUCAUAGAGGACUGGGGACAACAGUAAAUGAAAAGCCACAUUAAGUAAAUGGAGUAUAAAUUACAUCCUUGAUGAUUGAAUCCGAAAAUUGUCCUUGUAAUAGCAAAGCGAUCUCUUUAAAUAUUACUGUACAGUGCAUGAUUUCUAUAGUGCCAUUCACGUACUGUUGUAUUAAAAUUAUUCUCAAUUUCCUGGAUAAUUGUAGACUCCUUCAAACAGAAUUUAAGUGUUUGUAUAAGUUCAUUAUUAUUUUGGCAAACACUAACUUCUAUCAUUAUGGGAUAUCAUGGUAAAAUUUUGUAGAUGCCACCUUAUUAUAUUCUAAGCAGCAGAAAGGACUCAUUGCACACUUGGAGUUAUCUGAAAAUGUAGAUCUUUUUCAGGACCUAAGCUAAAUAUACAGAGACAAGAAAUAUGAUAGAUUGUGGUUCUACCUCAGCAUUCCUGACAGGACUUCCUUAAGUUAAGAAGACUGUGAAUCCACUGUGUUAUUUCUUUUGCAACCUUGUGCAAAUUUGCACGGCAUAAAAAGACUGUCCUUUCUAAUUUAAUUUUUGCUGGUAUGCAUAGGACUGCAGGCAGAGUCAUCAUGUGAGUGCAAUUGUGUGUGCCUUUGCCAAGUGCUAGCAGUAAAGGUAGUGCUGGCAGAGGUACUGGAUCUGUUAUUUUAUGAGCAAAAUUGUACGAAUAUAUAUAUUUUUAAUCAUACUAGGUUGUUCAGCCAAAUAAAAUUAUCUUGGUAAAAAUUACAGCCUUAAGAUAUUGACACAUGUUUGAUUACAGAUAGAGUAUAAGGUGGAUACAUAUUUCUGAAUAUUUUCAUAAGCUUUACUGGCAAAAAAAUAAAUCUUGUCAAAGUGACACAGAUUGAAGAACUAUAA